CCUCCACUCCACGAUUCUCCUUCCUCGCCUUUGCCCUCCGCCUCAACGACCACUUUGGGGACGGACGGACGGACGGACGGGGCAGCUGGCCAGCCCUCCGGACCCUUACGGCGUUCGCCCAUCCCACCCAGCCAGCCAGCCAGCAAGCCACCUACCCACCGCCCGCCCUGGGCCAGGAGGAUCGCGAUCGCCGCAGUAAAGCUGAAUGGUUUUUUGCACGGCCGUCAAAAGUAGAAGAGAAGAAGGCCCCGAAAACAGAUCCGCAGAGUUUCUGGCCCUCGUUGUUCCUGAACCUGCUGUGAUGGAGCCAGGUAAAGUGGAAGUAGAACAUAUCCAGGACGGGGCUGCCUAUAUCAAGCACCAUUUGAUGGAUUAUUCUUAAUUACUUCCAACAGGAUUAUUAGAUCAGAUUGCCUCCCGGUCCCCGUUUUGUUGAUGUGGAAGAGACCAAUCAGAGGGCCAUGGAUGUGAAAGACAGAAAGCCAUACCGUUCUUUGACCAAACGUUGCGAUGCUGAACGCCGCUAUACCAGCUCCUCGGCUGAGAGCGAGGACAGCAAAAUCCCGCAGAAGUCGUACAGUUCCAGCGAGACUCUGAAAGCCUAUGACCAGGAUUCCAGAAUGAUCUACGGCAAUCGGGUUAAAGACAUGGUACCCCAAGAAGCGGACGAGUACUGUCGAACAGGAACCAACUUUUCUCUACAAGAAUUGGGCUUUGAAGAUGUCUCGCCACCCCAUGGGACUUUAUACCGGACUGACUUAGGGCUGCCCCACGGCAGCUACUCCAUCAGUGCUGGCUCCGACGCCGAUACGGAAACGGACGCCAUCAUGUCGCCGGAACACCCGGUGCGAUUGUGGGCACGCAGCACCAAGUCCGGACGUAGCUCCUGUUUAUCCAGCAGAGCCAACUCCAACCUUACCUUGACCGACACCGAACACGACAACACAGAAACAGGCCCCCCCUUGCAUUGCUCAUCUGCCUCCUCCACCCCCGUGGAGCCCUCCCCUCCUUCUCCUCCCUCCCACCCCUCCCCGCCAGCCAAUGAGAGCCAGAGAAGGUUGCUAGGCGAUGGUGUCGCCCAGCCAACUCAGGAGUCUGACUCCGAAGAAGAGUUUGUCCCCAAUUCCUUCUUAGUUAAAAGUGGCUCUGAGAAUCUCUCCCUCCCAUCUAAUGAUCAUCCAAACCUUCCGAACCCCUCGAGACUACGGACCCCUCCGCCUCCUCUCUCUCACGCCCACACGCCAAACCAACACCACGCCGCAUCCAUCAACUCUUUAAACCGAGGGAACUACACACCACGCAGUAAUCCCAGCCCUGCCCCCACCGACCAUUCGCUCUCUGGAGAACAUCAGGCAGGGAACCAAGAACCUACGCACGCUCAGGACAACUGGUUACUAAACAGUAACAUCCCGCUGGAGACCAGGCACUUCCUCUUCAAGCCCGGGGGAACGUCUCCACUCUAUUGUACCACCUCGCCAGGGUAUCCCUUGACCUCCAGCACGGUCUACUCGCCGCCCCCUCGGCCCCUCCCCAGGAGCACCUUUUCCAGGCCAGCCUUUAACCUGAAGAAGCCAUACAAGUAUUGUACCUGGAAAUGCGCAGCUUUCAGUGCUAUCCUCAUCUCCGUCACGCUGGUGGUGCUGCUGGCAUAUUUCAUAGCCAUGCACCUGUUUGGCCUAAACUGGCGCCUGCAGCCGAUGGAAGGGCAGAUGUUUGAGAUCACGGAAGACACAGCCGGCAGUUGGCCAAUGCCAACAGAUGUGUCCUUGUAUUCCUCGGGGGGCACAGGGUUAGAGUUACCCGAGAGGAAAGGAAAAGGAGCCGGCGAAGCCGGAAAGCCCAGUACUUUUUUCCCCGAAGACAGUUUUAUAGACACCGGGGAGAUCGAUGUCGGCCGACGGGUCACGCAGAAGAUCCCUCCCAGCGUAUUUUGGAGAUCUCAGGUGUUUAUCGACCAUCCUGUGCAUUUGAAAUUCAAUGUUUCGUUGGGGAAAUCAGCUCUGGUUGGGAUUUAUGGACGAAAAGGACUCCCACCUUCUCACACCCAGUUUGACUUUGUCGAGUUGCUGGACGGACGGAGGCUCCUGAAUCAAGAAGCCAGGAAUCUGGAAGGACCACAACGGCAGCAAAAGGGCUUUGUGCCGCCGGCUAGCCAUGAGACGGGAUUCAUUCAGUAUUUGGAUUCUGGAAUGUGGCAUCUGGCUUUUUACAACGAUGGAAAAGAAUCCGAGUUGGUCUCCUUUCUCACCACCACUAUUGAAUCGGUGGAGAACUGUCCCAGCAACUGUUACGGAAACGGGGAUUGCAUUUCUGGAACCUGCCAUUGUUUCCUCGGAUUUUUGGGCCCCGAUUGUGGACGAGCGUCUUGCCCAGUGUUGUGCAGUGGGAACGGACAAUACAUGAAAGGACGCUGUUUAUGUCACAGUGGGUGGAAAGGAGCCGAGUGCGACGUCCCCACCAAUCAGUGCGUCGACGUCUCUUGCAACAGCCAUGGGACGUGCAUCAUGGGGACUUGUAUUUGCAAUCCGGGCUACAAGGGAGAGAGUUGUGAAGAAGUGGACUGCAUGGAUCCCACCUGCUCAGGACGUGGCGUCUGUGUGAGAGGAGAAUGCCACUGCUCCGUGGGCUGGGGAGGGGCCAACUGUGAGACCCCGAGAGCCACUUGUCUUGACCAGUGUUCAGGCCACGGAACUUUUCUGUCUGAAACUGGUCUCUGCACUUGUGAUCCCAACUGGACUGGGCACGACUGUUCCUCAGAGAUCUGCGCGGCCGACUGUGGGGUCCACGGCACCUGCGUCGGGGGCGCCUGCCGCUGCGAAGAGGGCUGGAUGGGGGCGGCUUGCGAUCAGAGAGCGUGUCACCCGCGCUGCAACGAACACGGGACCUGUCGGGACGGCAAGUGUGAAUGUAGCCCCGGCUGGAACGGAGAGCACUGCACCAUCGAGGGAUGUCCCGGGUUGUGUAACGGCAAUGGUAGGUGCACGCUGGACAUGAACGGCUGGCAUUGUGUCUGUCAGCUGGGCUGGAGAGGGACAGGCUGUGACACGUCCAUGGAGACCGCAUGUGGAGACGCAAAAGACAACGAUGGAGAUGGGCUAGUGGACUGCAUGGACCCCGACUGCUGCUUUCAGUCCCUGUGCCGGAUCAACACGCUCUGCUUGGGCUCUCCAGAUCCCCUGGACAUCAUACAGGAGACCCAGGCCCCCAUGUCCCAGCAGAAGCUCUACUCUUUCUACGAUCGGGUCAAGUUUCUAAUUGGCAAGGACAGCACACACGUCGUCCCUGGAGAGAAUCCAUUCAGCGGAGGGCACCCUUGUGUCAUUCGUGGGCAGGUGAUGACAGCAGAUGGAACCCCUCUAGUUGGCGUCAACAUCAGCUUUGUCAACAACCCGCUAUUUGGCUACACCAUCAGCAGGCAAGACGGCAGUUUUGACCUGGUCACCAAUGGCGGGAUAGCCAUCGUCCUGCGUUUCGAGCGGGCGCCCUUCAUCACUCAGGAUCACACCCUCUGGCUGCCCUGGAACCACUUCUUCGUCAUGGAGACCAUCGUCAUGCGACACGAAGAAAAUGACAUCCCCAGCUGUGACCUGAGCAACUUUGCCCGGCCCAACCCUGUGGUUUCCCCCACUCCGCUGACCGCCUUCGCCAGCUCCUGUUCCGAGCGAGGCCCCAUCGUGCCAGAAAUCCAGGCUUUACAGGAAGAGAUUAAGAUUUCAGGGACUAAAAUCAAGCUAAGCUACCUGAGCAGCCGUACUUCUGGCUACAAAUCGGUCCUGAAGAUCAGCUUAACUCACCCCACCAUCCCUUUUAACCUGAUGAAAGUCCACCUCAUGGUUGCGGUAGAAGGACGUCUCUUCAGAAAGUGGUUCGCGGCAGCUCCAGACCUUUCCUACUACUUCAUCUGGGACAAGACGGACGUCUACAAUCAAAAGGUCUAUGGGUUAUCGGAAGUCUUCGUCUCAGUGGGAUACGAAUAUGAAUCAUGCCCAGAUUUGAUCCUGUGGGAGAAACGGACGGCGGUGCUCCAAGGUUACGAAAUAGACGCUUCGAAACUUGGAGGAUGGUCUCUGGACAAACAUCAUGCACUUAACAUCCAAAGUGGUAUCCUGCACAAAGGAAACGGGGAAAACCAGUUCAUCUCCCAGCAACCCCCGGUUAUAGGGAGCAUCAUGGGGAAUGGACGCCGAAGAAGCAUUUCGUGUCCGAGUUGCAACGGCCUGGCUGAUGGCAACAAACUCCUGGCGCCCGUUGCCUUGACCUGCGGCUCGGACGGCAGCCUGUAUGUUGGAGACUUCAACUACAUCCGAAGGAUCUUCCCUUCGGGGAAUGUCACCAACAUCUUGGAGUUAAGAAAUAAAGAUUUCAGGCAUAGUCACAGCCCAGCUCAUAAAUAUUACCUGACCGCCGACCCAACCUCUGGAUCCAUCUACCUCUCUGACACCAGCAGCCGUCGUAUCUUCAAGAUCAAGUCAACGACGGUGAUCAAAGACAUCGUGAAGAACUCGGAAGUGGUAGCUGGGACAGGAGACCAGUGCCUUCCGUUCGAUGACACCCACUGCGGAGAUGGAGGGAAAGCAACCGAAGCCACCCUAACAAGUCCCAGGGGCAUUACAGUGGACAAGUUUGGGUUUAUUUAUUUUGUGGAUGGUACGAUGAUCCGACGUGUGGACCAAAAUGGAAUCAUCUCAACGGUCCUCGGUUCUAAUGACCUGACAUCCACCCGACCUCUGAGCUGUGAUUCAGUCAUGGAUAUCUCCCAGGUUCGUUUGGAGUGGCCCACCGACCUGGCCGUCAACCCCAUGGACAAUUCUCUCUACGUUCUGGACAACAACGUCGUCUUACAGAUUUCCGAAAACCACCAGGUGCGCAUCGUGGCGGGCCGUCCGAUGCACUGUCAAGUCCCAGGCAUCGACCACUUCCUUCUGAGCAAAGUAGCCAUUCACGCCACGUUGGAAUCGGCCACGGCGGUGGCGGUCUCGCACAGCGGCGUCCUGUACAUCGCCGAGACCGACGAGAAGAAGAUCAACCGGAUCCGACAGGUCACCACGAACGGCGAAAUUUCGCUGGUCGCCGGAGCCCCCAGCGGCUGCGAUUGUAAGAACGACGCCAACUGCGAUUGCUUCUCCGGAGACGAUGGGUACGCCAAGGACGCCAAGCUGAACGCUCCGGCUUCCCUCGCGGUGUGCUCUGACGGGGAGUUGUACGUGGCUGAUCUUGGGAACAUCCGGAUCCGUUUCAUCCGGAAAAACAAACCUUUCCUGAACACGCAGAACCUGUACGAAUUAUCCUCGCCCAUCGAUCAGGAACUCUACCUGUUCGAUGCUAGCGGCAAGCACGUUUUCACGCAGAGCCUCCCGACCGGAGAUUAUCUGUACAAUUUCACCUACACGGGAGAUGGAGACAUCACCCUGGUGACCGACAACAAUGGAAAUUUGGUUAAUAUCCGGAGAGAUUCGACCGGGAUGCCACUGUGGCUGGUGGUGCCAGACGGACAGGUCUACUGGCUCACGAUGGGCACCAACAGCGCCCUCAAGAGUGUGACUGCACAGGGCCAAGAGAUAGCCAUGAUGACCUACCAUGGCAAUUCGGGCCUCUUAGCUACCAAGAGCAAUGAAAACGGGUGGACCACGUUUUACGAAUACGACAGCUUUGGGCACCUCACUAACAUCACUUUCCCAACCGGUCAAGUCACCACUUUCCGGAGCGAUACGGACAGCUCUGUCCACGUCCAGAUUGAGACCUCCAGCAAGGACGAUGUAACCAUCACCACCAACCUCUCGGCAUCGGGAGCCUACUAUACCCUCCUGCAAGAUCAAGUGCGCAACAGCUACUACAUCGGGGCAGACGGUUCUCUCCGCCUGAUGUUGGCUAACGGCAUGGAGGUGGCUCUCCAGACGGAACCGCAUCUCCUGGCGGGCACCGUGAAUCCCACAGUGGGGAAGAGAAACGUGACUCUGCCCAUCGACAACGGUCUCAACCUGGUCGAAUGGCGGCAACGGAAAGAACAAUCCAGAGGCCAGAUCACCGUGUUCGGACGCAGGCUGAGGGUUCAUAACCGAAAUUUGUUAUCCCUUGACUUCGACCGCGUGACACGAACUGAGAAGAUUUACGACGACCACCGGAAAUUCACUCUGCGCAUUCUCUACGACCAGGCGGGGCGGCCUACGCUCUGGUCUCCUAGCAGUCGACUGAAUGGUGUGAACGUCACCUAUUCCUCCGGGGGUCAUAUAGCCGGGAUCCAAAGGGGUACUAUGUCCGAAAGAAUGGAAUACGACCAAGCAGGCAGAAUUACAUCCAGAAUGUUUGCGGACGGCAAAUCUUGGACCUACACGUAUUUAGAGAAGUCCAUGGUCCUGCUUCUUCACAGUCAGCGGCAGUAUAUUUUUGAAUUCGAUAAGAACGAUCGCUUGUCAUCCGUAACGAUGCCCAACGUAGCUCGGCAGACCCUGGAGACACUUCGAUCAAUUGGCUACUACAGGAAUAUCUACAGGCCUCCAGAAGGCAAUGCCACGGUGGUCGAAGACUUCAAUGAGGAAUGGCAACUCCUUCACACCUAUUACCUGGGGACCGGAAGACGAGUCAUCUAUAAAUACGGCAAGCUGUCCAAACUGGCAGAAAUGCUUUAUGACACCACCAAAAUCAGCUUCAGCUACGAUGAGACCGCAGGCAUGUUGAAGACCAUCAACCUACAGAACGAAGGGUUCACCUGUACAAUCAGGUACCGCCAGAUCGGGCCCCUCAUUGAUCGCCAGAUUUUCCGUUUCACGGAAGAAGGCAUGGUGAACGCCCGUUUCGAUUACAACUACGACAACAGCUUCCGGGUGACCAGCAUGCAAGCCGUGAUCAACGAAACCCCGUUGCCUAUUGACCUCUACCGUUACGACGACGUGUCGGGCAAAACCGAGCAAUUUGGCAAAUUCGGGGUUAUUUAUUACGACAUCAAUCAGAUCAUCACCACGGCGGUCAUGACCCACACAAAACAUUUUGACGCGUACGGUCGGAUGAAGGAAGUUCAGUACGAAAUAUUCAGGUCUCUCAUGUACUGGAUGACUGUUCAGUACGACAACAUGGGGAGAGUGGUGAAAAAAGAAUUGAAGGUGGGCCCUUAUGCCAAUACCACAAGGUACUCAUAUGAAUAUGACGCCGACGGCCAAUUGCAGACGGUGUCCAUCAACGAGAAACCGCUCUGGAGAUACAGUUACGACCUCAAUGGGAAUCUCCAUUUGUUGAGUCCCGGCAACAGCGCCCGUCUGACGCCACUGAGGUACGACCUCAGGGACCGGAUUACGAGACUGGGCGACGUGCAGUAUAGGAUGGACGAAGAUGGUUUCUUGAGGCAAAGGGGGAAUGACAUUUUUGAGUACAACUCCGCAGGACUUCUCAUCAAGGCCUACAACAAAGCCAACAAAUGGAGCGUGAAGUAUCAUUAUGAUGGGCUUGGAAGGAGAGUCUCCAGCAAAACCACCCACGGUCAUCAUCUGCAGUUCUUCUACGCGGACCUCACCAACCCCACCAAGGUCACCCAUCUGUACAACCACUCCAGCUCAGAGAUAACCUCUCUCUACUACGACCUUCAGGGUCAUCUCUUUGCCAUGGAGGUGAGCAGUGGAGAUGAAUUCUACAUCGCUUGUGACAACAUUGGGACCCCCUUGGCUGUCUUCAGUGGAACAGGCCUCAUGAUCAAGCAGAUUCUUUACACGGCUUACGGAGAGAUCUACAUGGAUACCAACCCAAACUUCCAGAUUAUCAUUGGUUACCACGGGGGUCUGUAUGAUCCCCUCACCAAACUCAUCCACAUGGGGAAGAGAGACUAUGACGUCCUCGCCGGACGGUGGACCAGCCCAAACCACAGCAUUUGGAAACGUCUCAGCCACAGUAACAUCAUGCCCUUCAACCUCUACAUGUUCAAAAACAACAAUCCGAUCAGUAACGCCCAUGAUAUAAAAUGCUACAUGACAGAUGUCAACAGCUGGCUGCUUACCUUUGGUUUCCAGUUGCACAACGUUAUCCCUGGGUAUCCUAAACCUGACACGAACGCUAUGGAGCCAUCCUAUGAGCUCACCCACACCCAACUGAAAACCCAGGAGUGGGACAAUAGCAAGUCGAUCUUAGGGGUGCAAUGCGAAGUGCAGAAACAGCUGAAGGCCUUUGUCACGUUGGAGAGCUUCGAACAGAUCUACACGUCGAGCAUCGCCGGGUGCCAAGAAAUCAAGGAGAACCGCCAUUUUGCCUCGGGAGACUCCAUCAUCGGCAAGGGGGUCAAAUUUGCCAUGAAAGACGGCCGGGUGGCCACCGAUAUCAUUAGCAGCGCCAACGAGGACGGGCGGAGGGUCGCCGCCAUCCUCAACAACGCCUUCUACCUGGAGAACUUGCACUUCACCGUCGACGGCACGGACACUCACUACUUCGUCAAGCCAGGGCCAUCGGAGAGCGACUUGUCCAUCCUCGGCCUCAGCGGGGGACGGCGGACCUUGGAGAACGGUGUCAACGUCACCGUCUCUCAAAUCAACACCGUGCUCAGCGGGAGGACUAGACGCUACACGGACAUCUCGCUCCAGUUCGGAGCCCUGUGCCUCAACACCCGAUACGGGACCACGUUGGACGAGGAGAAGACCCGCGUCUUGGAAUUGGCCAGGCAACGGGCCGUAGCUCACGCCUGGGCCCGGGAGCAACAGAGACUGCAGGAUGGGGAGGAGGGUAGCCGGUCCUGGACAGAGGGGGAGAAGCAGCAACUGCUGAACACGGGACUCGUUCAGGGGUACGACGGCUACUUCGUCAUCUCCGCCGAACAAUACCCAGAACUGUCCGACAGCGCAAACAAUAUCCAUUUUAUGCGACAGAGCGAGAUGGGGAGAAGGUGACAGAGAGGGGACGAUGCGUUGACUUCUUGCCAAAGACAGCUGCUUGAGACUGCGAUGUACUUGAGCCUUCGUUAUAUUUUUUUUUCUAAACAAAGAGAAAAACAAACAAACACACAAAAGAACUUUACGGAAAACAGGCAAGGUGGAGGAAGAACACGGUGGCACCAUAGCUCAGGCAACAUCCUUUAUUUUGGAUUUUUUUUGUUUGUUUUUUAAAGUGGCUUUCUCACCUUUGGCUGUUUUUUCAUUCCUUUCCCCCCCCCCUUUCUCCGCUCCCAUCCGUCUUCUCUUUUUGGAAAGUGUCAUUUCGGCCAUUGUGUGUGAGCCCCUUGUGCAAAAAGGCUUGAAGGUUGGGGAGGUGUCCGGUUUAAAUCCCCUGGUUACUUGUUCGUUGGUUUUCUUUCGUUGUAUUUCUUUUUUUUUUUUUUAACGGGGUGAAGAAAAGGUGGGGGGGAGAAGAGCCUCGGUAUUAGGUUUGGGUUAACUUUUCUUAGUGGGGUUGGAGAAAAAUAAAUAGAUAAGAGGAUUUAUGAGGAAUGAAAACAGGAAGAAGAAGGCCGCAUCGUGGAGAGGAAAAAUUCACAAUUUCCUGCAGCGCCGUGCGAAGAAACAGGAGGGGGGGCGGGGGACGGGACCCGUCCAGGUCUGAAAUUGCCCUUCAAACAUUUUGUGAGCCUCAAAACAAGAACUUGUGGAGUCGUUUUUUACAUUUGCCAUUCUUUCUGGCUAACCCUGCUGUUUUCGGGUGAUCUGCCGAAAAGAGGCCAAAAGCACUGCAUCUUAAAGACUUGCGAGCUCGAUCCCUUCUUUUUUUUUUUUUAAAUGGGUCUCUCUUUUUUUUUUUACUACAAUAGGUUAUUUUGUUCUUUUUUUGUCAUUUGGAAAAAACAAAACAAAACCCAUAGCAGCUAUCGAAGCGGGGUGAGGAAGGUGGGGGGGGAAAAAAGGGAAAAUCACAUUUUUGCUGCACAUGCUGUUAGAUGGGAAGCACCAAUGAUGUAUAUUUGUCAACAGUAAACCCUCCUUAAAUAUAUAGUAUUUCUGUACACCAAGUGAAGCGUGUUUAACUUUUGAAGAUGCCACUUCUUCUCUGACCAUGGAGGUUUUGUCUAGAGUUAGGGUCAUCCUUUAUAAUGAAAUCUCAAUUCCUCCUAAAAUAUAUAUAUAUAUAUAUACAUACAUACAUAUAUUUUUCAGAGCCAGGUUAGAUACCGAUGUGAGAGAUACAGCAAGCGCCUCCUAUUUGAUUUGACUUUUUAUUUUAUUUUAAUGAAGCAUCUUAGUAGAUAAGGAGAUGCUUCCUUGUUUCUCCACGGACCGCUUCUACCAAAAUGGUCUUUUUCCAGCGCUGGGAUGGUUUUUAAGAAGGUUAGGGUUGGUGGCAGAUGGUCCAUAAGGAAAUAGACAGCAUGUCGAAUCGUCUCCAACCAUACUAAAUCAAACCCAAACAUUUGGCUUGGAUGAAUUUAAUAGCUCUGCCCAGACUUACCCUGUUUCCCCGAAAAUAAGACUUAACCGGAAAAUAAGUCCUAGCGUGACUUUUCAGGAUGCUCGUAAUAUAAGCCCUACCCCCAAAAUAAGCCCCAGUUAAGAUUCUCAGCCAGAUGGGUGCAUUUAGUACCGUAUUUCCUCAAAAAUAAGACCUACCCAGAAAAUAAGCCCUAAUGCAUCUUUUGGAGCAAAAAUUAAUAUAAGACCCGGUCUUAUUUUCGGGGAAACACGGUACCUACGUUGAUUUUUCAACUACAAAAAUCAGAUUCUCUAUGCUGGCUUUCCGGAGUGUAGCUACAAGGAUCUGCGACACUUUGCCACAAUUCGCCGUGGACAACUCACGGCGGGACCAGAGUUACCCUAAUAUCAAAGAAAGGUGGAAUAGAAUCAUUAAAGAAAAGAUACAAAAGAAGGGACCGGAUGACAUGCGAAUGGCAAAAGUUAAAAUAUUUUUUUCAUUUAUUUUUAAAAUCAUUCAAUAGAAUUGUUAAAUUGUCUCGCGGCGAGCGGUCCCGUUCCGCACCUACAAUUUGGAGGAAGCAAUUUGUUGAUUUAAUAUCAACUUGUGAAAAGUUCCAGAAGUUUUCCAGAAGGCAACUAGACAUUCUCGGGGGGUUUUUUUUUCCCUUUUAAAAAAGUUUUGCUUCUCAUCCAAAAAGCUUCUUCAGUUCUCUUCAUGGGUGUCCCAAAGGUGCUUUUUUUCCCAAAAGACAGUCGGACUUUCUUGGUUUCUUCAGAACUGAAGAAGCUUCUCGGAUGAGAAGCGAAACGUUUUCAAAAGAAAAGAAAGGUUAAAAAAAAAAACCAAGGAAGUCCGGUUGCGUUUUGAAAAAAUCAUCUUUGGGACAACCAAGCCCUGGAUGAUUGCAAAUCUCCAUAGACACCUUGCAAAAACAGGAUUAAAUUUAGGGCAUUAGGAACCAAGAACAUCUUAGCUAGAGAAGGACGGUAUUGUGCGCCCGGCUGCAUUCUGUCCUACGAUUUCAACACUGGGAUGGCUUUUACAGGUAGUCCUCAACUUACGGCCACCACUGAGCCCAAAAAUUUAUGUUGGUGAGUGAGAAAUUUGUUGAGGGAGUUUUGCCCCCAUUUUACAACCUUUCUCACCACAAAUAUUAAGUGAAGUCACUGCAGUAGCUAAAUUAACCACACGGUUGUUAAGUGAAUCCUGACUUUGCUUGUCAGACGGUCGCAAAAAGGGGAAUCACAUCGUGACCCCGGGACACUGCGACCGUCGUAAAUGCGAGUCAGUUGUCCAGCAUUCGAAUGUAACUCACUUGACCGCGGGGCUGCUGCAAUGGUUGCAAAGGGUGAAAAAUGCGUCAUAAGUCACUUUUAUCGGUGCCGUUGCUAACUCUGAACGGUCGCUAAGUGAACUUGUUGUAAGUCGAGGACUAACUGUACUGCUCUUUGCAAAGAAAAUCUAUUCUCCGGGAUUGCUGGAAAUAGCGUUGCCCAGAUGUGCCUGGAUUAGUUGCUUUUGUGUAUAAAUCAUUUCCAUCCAACAGACGAGAUUCCAAAGACUUUUGAUGUGGUUGUGAGAUAGGACUAGCCAAAUAGGAACAUCUGGAAAUGGGUGGCAGUGGGUGAGCUGAAGGGCAGGCAUGACAGAAAUGUUAAGCAGAUGCUGUCCCCCCCCCACUUUCUUUUUCUUCAUAUUUUUACAUUGUUUUUCACACAUAAACCCCCACGGAUACUAAAAGAUUUCCAAGUAGAACCGCGAGACUUCAUAUCGUGAGAUUAAAAUCUUAUCCAGAGCUCCUUCUAUUUUUUUUUUUAAAAAUCCUGAUUUCUUGAUAGAUAUAUCAAGGUGAACCGCAUAGAUAUAAAUGAAAAUUCUUACAAUGGGAAGAAACACGUUCUUCCUACACUAAAUGAGGAUCUUAUCAAUCCAGGUUUUGGGGCCGAGCGAAAAGAAAAAUUGUGUUUGAGUACGACAAGAAGAAAAGUUGAUAGGUUUUUUUUUAUUAGUUUUUCUUUGAGACCAAAACCGCACCAUCCCUGUGUGUCUUCUUAUUAAACCCUUCUAAAAAUGUCAUUUUUGGAAUGAAAAAAUUCUCUUGAACCCACCUACAGUAGUGGCCAAAAUUGUGGAAACCUUUUGGGGAAAGUGUAUUUUCUAAAACCAGCUAAUAACACCACUUUUUUGGGGGGAGUAGUACCAUAGUUUUUCUUUUAGGGAGUAGUACCAUUUUUUCUUUUAUGUACACUGAGAGCAUAUGCACCAAGACAAAUUCCUUGUGUGUCCAAUCACACUUGGCCAAUAAAAUUCUAUUCUAUUCUAUUCUAUUCUAUUCUAUUCUAUAAAAUUAUCUAUCAAUGGAAAGAUAAUUGAAUCAAGAAUGUCAUGCAAUAACUUUUAGGAAGGAUUUGCUAUUAGAAGAGCAGUUACAGUAUAAAGAAGAAAAGGGAAACACGUAGAAAAAAUGAGAUAAACAAAAAUUAUCACCAUAGAAAAAAAUGAGAUCUACAGAAAUGAUCCCCAUGUCAGUUAAUACUUAGUUGGGUAACCUUUAGCAUGAAUGACGGCCUUACAACAUCUUCCUAUGAAGCAAAACAAGUCUUUUAUUUCUGCAGCUGUUCUCAUGUGAAACCAAGAAUGAAUGAUGGCUUCUAUUAACUGGGUUUUAUUGCUGGGUCGCUUCUGAUUAACAAGUUUCUUUAGUCACCUCCAUAGAUUUUCCAUUGGGUGAAGGUCUGGACUAUUCCCAGGCCAUUCCAGCAGUGGAAUAGGAUUCUCUUGAAACACCAAAAAAAAAGUGGUAUUAUUAUCCAUCAAACCUCAAAAGUACACUUUUCCCAAAAGGUUUCCGUAAUUUUGGCCACUUCUGUACAGGAAGCCAGAGCGCUUCCUGCUUGUUUCCAGAUACAUUUAACCCACGUGACUAUAAAAUGGAAAAUGGAGAAUUAAAAUCCAGAAGCGCCAGAAGGAACCCAAGUUUUGUUAAUGGUUGUGAUGCUUGAUUUUAAUCAGAUGAAGAUGCUGACUGCAGGAUAAGUGUGCAACAAAAUAUGAGCGUCGUCCAAUCCAAGUAAAUAAAUAGGUGACGGACACCCAGUGAUCCCUGAAGACUAAAACUAGAACUUUUCAAGAGUCCCUGAAUUAAAACUUGAGUUUUUGCGAAGCCUAUGGUUUCACGACUUGUGUGACAACCAGAACAAAUUUGGGGAACUGUGAUAACGAUCGCGAAGGAUUUCAUCCUGUUCGGCUAAGACCUCCAAAAACGUAACAUGGGCAUCUGUCUUAUUUAGUGCCUGGGGCAAUUUUCCUGGUGUUUCUAGACUUGGCAACUUUUUACAAGCAUGGCACUCCCAGAUUUUGCAUGCCACGGGGUAUAUCUAGGCCCAGAGGGAUCUGACCUUGGCAAUUUUGAAGACUCGUAGACUUCAACUCCCAGCAUGGCUGGCUGGGGAAUUCUGGGAGUUGAAGUCCACGAGUUUUCAAAAUUUAAUAAGUUUGGAGACCCCUGUUCUAGAAUGUAGGAUGUAUUUCACAGGAGUUGAAGGUUAGUCUUCAUAAUGAGGCAACCAAUUUCCAACUCCCGGAAUUCCUAGCCAGCAGGAUCUAAGGCCAGGCUGAAUUCUGGGAAUUGCAGUCCAAACCUCUAAAGAAAGUGCCAGAUUGUGGAAGGACGAUCUAAGGGAAACCCUGCAGAUAUUUGAUAUCUUCGAUGGAUAAGAAUAUUGUAUUAUAAGAUGGUUUUCUUUUCUUUUAAGAAGAUGUACAUUGUCUAAUUACAGUGUUUCUCAACCUUGGCAACUUUUAAGAUGCGUGGACUUUAACUCCCAGAAUUCCCCGGCCAGAAAAUAAUGCAAAAUUAAUUUUAAAAGAGGCAAAGGAGAAAUGCAAUAGAAACUUGAAUAGAAAUUUAUAGUUUGGCUUCCUUUUCAGACGUUAUCAUGAAUAAAAAGCAGGAAUUCCUAUAAUAGGCGCUUGGCACAAUUAAAGUGGUUUAGCAUGGCUUAGUGCUACUUCUGUGGCAUACUCAUUGUUCUUCCUACAUACCAGGAACUCCUUCACACGGACGUAUCUGUUAAGGAACCAAAAUAAUCCCAGUUUUUACUUGCUUUUGAGUCAUGGAACACACAAUAUUUCUCCACUAGAAUUGCUACAACAGAUCACAACAGUGGCAAUUAUCCUCAUCAUUGCUUCUUAGCAUGUCCCUGCAAAAAAUAAUAAUAAUAAUCAUGGAUUUGAUUAAAUUAACAUUCGUUAGAGUGAUCCUCCCCAAUCCUAGCUCCUUUGAAUAUAGGGAUUGAGUUAAUACUUGUCGCAGUUGCGGGUAACAGUUACAUCAGUGGUGAAAUCCAAUUUUUUUUACUACCAGUUCUGUGGGCGUGGCAUGAUGGGUGUGGCAUGGCUUGGUGGGAGGGGCUUGGUAAGGAUACUGCAAAAUCUCCAUUCCCACCCAACUCCUGGGGGAAGGAUAUUGCAAAAUCUCCAUUCCCAUCCCACUGUGGGGCGAGCCAGAGGUGGUAUUCGCUGGUUCUCCAAACUACUCAAAAUUUCCACUGCGAGUUCUCUGAACAGCUCAAAAUUUCCCCUACCGGUUCGCGAGAACCUGUCAGAACCUGCUGGACUUCACCCCUGAGUUACAUCAAACUGUAGGGCAGGAGUAUCCAGCCUUGGCAACUUUUAAGAUUCGUAGACUAUAACUUCCAGAAUUCCCCAGUCAACAUGGCAGACUGGGGAAUUCUGGGAGCUGAAGUCCACAAGUCUUAAAAGUUGCCAAGGAGUCGGUUUAGGCAAAACUGCUAGCAAUCCUUUGAAAAUUGUGACUACGUGUUUCUUCAGCAAAGAUUUUGAGGUGUAUCAUAAAUUCAUACCAAGCAUCUCUCGCCUCCAAUAACCAAUCCGAUGUCACUUCUUCGGUUUGCCAAUUUUGUAGCUGCCAUCCAGCCGUUUUCUUUCUCCAGACGGCGACAAGAACUUGGCUUUUAGGACAAUCAAACAAUUCCCGCCAUCCUGAUUUUGCCUCCGAGAUCAGAAAUAAGACAGGUUUCUCUGUUCGCACACUUGUGCGCCUCCAUGCAAAUGGCUUCUUUACGAAGCAGGAGUUGUUCCCGACGUGAGGAAAGAAUUGUGAAAAGGUGGAUAAAAUUCCAGCAAAAAUUGGAAUCUGGUUUUCUCCGACAGUGAGCCCCGAUUUGAUGCUCUUGUAUGGCUGAAUAUCUCAAACCGAAGAAUUAUACUAGUGACAGAGCACAUAAUUGGGAACACAUGCUGAGCAGUGUGAAAAAUUCCACUAAUUUUCUAAUAUAGCAUCAGCACCUGAUAAAAUUGAGGUAACAGAACCAUCCAAUUAGACAUUCCCAGGUAGUCCUCGACUUAUAGAAUAGAAUAGAAUAGAAUUUUUUUUAUUGGCCAAGUGUGAUUGGACACACAAGGAAUUUGCCUUGGACCACAUUUGAACCCAGAAUUUAAGUUGCUGAGUGAGACAUUUGUUAAGUUUGUUCCACUUUACGACUUUCCUUGCCACCGUUGUUAAGUGAACCACCGCAGUUGUUAAAUGACUAACACAAUUGUUAGGUGAACCUGGCUUCCCCAUUGAUUUUGCUUGUCAGAAGGUCACAAAAGAUGGCCGCGUGACCCCAAGAGACACUGCAACCGUCAUAAGUGUGAGUCAGUUGUCAAGCAUCUGAAAUGCUGGACAACUGACCAUGUGGAUGCUGACCAUCACACGAUCAAGUGGAUGCUGCGAUGGUCGUAAGUGUGAAAAAUGGUCACAAGUCACUGUUUUUCAGUGCCCUUGUAUCUUCAAACAGUCACUAAGCGAAUUGUUGUAAUGUCAAGGACGACCUCUACAAAUCUGUUAAAAUAAAUUGGCGUGCUUUAUUUGUGUUCUAUCCAAAAUAACACCGAUCCCAAAAAACAUUUUGAAACAAAGAGAAAAGACGACAAAAAGUUUAUUUAAAAAAAGAAAAGAAAAUCGUGGUGGGGGAAAAUCUAGACCCAGUUAGUGUAGGACUUUUAUAAUGGACGUAAUAAGAUGGAUUAUCUACAGAAAAGAACCUCAAUGGAGGUUAGUGAAGUUGAAAAAAAGAUUUUCCACCAUCUUUGUAGAUUCCACUUCGUGUCAAGAUGGUUUCUGAACAGCUCAGUCAAAAUUGCAACGAGAAGACUUCAAUCCGUAGUAUCCUUGGAGGGACGGUUGGACUGCCUGUCCCAAAGCAGCUUUUUCAAGAGAUGACUGGACUUCGUUUUUCCUUGAAGACAUUUCGCCUCUCAUCCAAGAAGCUUCCUCAGUUCUGAAGACGCAAAAUGUCUUCAAGGAAAAAAAAAAACCCAAUAAAGUCCAGUGGCGUCUUUGGGACAACCAUAACCUGGAUGGCUGAGAAUCUCCAUAGACAAUCCAUCUGCGUCUCACCCUAAAUGCCCUGUUUGAAUUUUUCAUAAAUGUGCCUCAAGAAUAUUAAAUAAAUUGGGGGUUAUUAUUUCCAGAGUAGAAGAAUUUAUCCUGAAAUUUAAGAUGGUGACAAUCCCACAGCAACGUUUGUAACAACAAACUUAACAAACCUGUAUGAACCGACAAAAUAUAGAUGUGAGAAUAUAUUUACACAUACACACACACCAAGGAACGGAGGAAAGUUACGAUAACUGUUAGGACAGUAUAAUUGGUCUAUUUUAUCUGUGAUAAAUAAAACAAAAUACGCUUUAUAUAAAGGGAAAUAUCUGCCGUCAGGCUGGUAUGAGAAGAAGACUUUUCUGUCAAAAAUCACAAUUGCAAUCCCAGCACGGACAAAAAAAAUAAAUAAAUCUGUUCUUGUUAUUGUGUGUAAAUUUCCUAGAGGUCUGGAACUGAUCUUUUUUCUUGAGAAUUUUGCUUUUUCUCUUGACACUUUUGUGUUUCUAACACUGUAUUCUUGACUGUAAAUAAAACGACCUUGUAAAUACAUGCAGAUGUAGAUACCUUCUAGAAAACAAAAAUCAAAACGACGACAAAAAAAAAAAUUCUCUCAGAA